AUGUCUACUAUUUUGGUACACAUUCUCACAUUAGCUAGUCUUCUAUGGUCAGCUACCAAUGUACAGGCGCUACAGCUUAACAUUGUGCUAGAUGGUCAAGUAUAUCAGGAAAAUGCUUUCGAAGACUUGUGUAGCGUUGUGGAUGCAGCGGAUUCUGCAAUCGUGAAAAGCAGCUUUCCUUUCAGCUCCAUUUCAAUGGUUCCAGACCAUUGGGCGAUAUACAUAGAUGGCGUGUCGUUGCCUGUGGCCGCAUGUGAGCAAAAUGAUGCUGUAUUCCAGCAGCUGGAGGUAAAGGAUGGCGCAUACGUCUACCUGUUCAGAAAUGAGGUCGCAUACAGUGAUCCUUUGUAUGCCGCGGAGUACUUGAAGAGGUUCGCCAAGCAGUUUGGAGACCGCAUCAGGCCCGUGGCCAAGCGAGCGUCUUCGUCCAAGAAAAGCAACAAGCCUCAGGGCAAGAAUAAAAAGAAGAAAUCCAGCAAAAUACCCACCGACAAUUUGUCCGGGCUCAUUGGACUUCUGGCCAAGUCUUUCAUGACUGGCGACAUUAUGGAAUCCCUGGGAAUACCGAAGGGCGUCGCCAAUACCGCCAACGGCGAGGCGGGUGAGCAGGGCCGUGAGAAGGGCAUCGUAAGCAAGAUGGAAAUGAUAUCGGGAAUUCUUAGCGCUUUAAGCCCAUCGGCUGGAAUCAAAGGCCAAGAAGCGCCACGUGACGAUUCGGGUGAUGAGCUUUGA